GGUUAUAGCCGGCUUCCUGACUAUAAAGGGCGGAAACCGCCCACAUGGGUGGCACUUCUGUGUGCCUUGCUGAGCCCGUGUACAUGUGUCAAACUGCUCGAGAGCACCUCGAUUUGGCCUUCAGAGAUUGUCAACAGUCUCUUCUCAUUCAUAUCUUCCCACCAUAAACUUAUACACAAUAAAAUAUUUGGCCCAUACUUUGACACAAUGGCGGAAAAGAUCGACUUGAAGAGCAGUCCCGAAAAGGGGCAGGCAGAAGAAAAUUCAGUGGGCUCAACUCAACAACAUCCUACGAUAUCUAGUGCCAACCCCAAGGCAGAGUCAGGGACCAGCCUUCAUCGACUCAGCCAUGCAACCCCUACAAGCGAACAUCUUCCUCCCACAGCAAACACCCAUUCUCCCCAGCAAGUCGGAUUUGAUCCACAGCCUGCCGUCACACUGCCAUACCGCACGCUCAACUCGACCGCCAACAUUGAUGAGUACGUCACCGAGGCGCCGUCGGGUGAGAUUGACGGCCCGCCCGAGAAUGACGGGAGCGGACGCCGGUACAAGCUAGUCACAUUUCUGCCCGACGACCCAGAGAACCCCAAGAACUGGUCCAAGGCCUUCAAGUGGUACGUGACUAUGGUGGUGGCCCUUACCUGCUUCGUUGUCGCCCUGGCAUCAAGUGUCAUCACCGCCGAUAUUGCCGGCGUCGUGGAGGAGUUUGGCGUCAGUGAGGAGGUUGCGCUCCUCAGCAUCACUGUCUUUGUCAUUGGGUUUGGUAUUGGCCCCAUGAUAUUUGCUCCCUUGUCAGAAGUUUACGGCAGACGGAUCAUCUAUGGCUCAACUCUCCUCGUCGCCGUUAUCUUCAUCAUCCCUUGCGCUGUAGCCCAAAACAUUGAAACCCUUCUCGUCUGCCGAGCCAUCGACGGCAUCGCCUUCUCCGCGCCAAUGACCCUAGUUGGAGGAACGCUUGCCGACCUCUGGCGUAAUGAGGAGCGUGGAGUUCCCAUGGCCGCUUUCAGUGCAGCCCCCUUUAUAGGCCCAGCUAUUGGUCCCUUGGUUGGUGGUUACCUCUCUGACGCAACAGGAUGGCGCUGGCUAUACUGGAUCCAGCUUAUCGUCUCCUUUGUUGUCUGGGUCCUUAUCACCUUCACCGUGCCCGAGACUUACGCGCCGACUAUUCUUGCCCGCCGGGCACGUCAGAUCCGAAAGAAGACGGGGGAGCAGGACCACGUCACGGAACAGGACCUCGAUCUGCGUCCGGCGUCGGAGCGGCUUGCUAUAUUUCUCAUCCGGCCCUUCCAGCUGCUGUUUGGCGAGCUCAUUGUCUUCCUCAUUUCGAUCUACAUGAGCGUUUUAUAUGGGCUGCUGUACAUGUUCUUCGUUGCCUUCCCAAUCAUCUAUCAAGAAGGGAAAGGUUACUCGGCAGGAACUACUGGCCUCAUGUUUAUUCCCUGUGCUGUCGGCGUUAUACUAUCCGCCUUCUGCGCACCCUUCGUGAACAAGAACUACAUGAAUCAGGUGCGCAAGCACAACGGCAAGCCGCCUGCCGAGGUCCGGCUGAUCCCCAUGAUGUGCUCAUGCUGGUUCAUCCCCAUUGGGCUCUUCAUCUUCGCCUGGACGUCCUACAAGGAGCUGUCGUGGGCGGGCCCGGCAAUGGGCGGCUUCUCAGUCGGAUUCGGCUUCAUCUUCCUCUACAACUCGGCCAACAACUACCUCGUCGACUCCUACCAACACCAGGCCGCCUCGGCCCUCGCCGCCAAGACCUUUAUCCGCAGCUUCUGGGGCGCCGCCGUCGUGCUCUUCACCUCGCAAAUGUACGACCGCCUUGGCAACCAGUGGGCCUCGACCCUGCUGGCCUUCAUCAGCGUCGCGUGCUGCGCCAUUCCGUUCCUGUUCUGGCGCUACGGCGCCCGCAUCCGCAGGAGGAGCAAGUACGCCUACGCCGGUGACGACGACGACGACGCGCAGAAUGACGAGAAGUCUUCGGUCGACCUGGAGAAAGGCCACAACAAGGAUCCUGAGAGGGACAUGGAGGAUUUGAGGAGGGCGCAGAGCUACGUCAGCAAUCCUUAGAAGGCGUUUGUGUGUAGUACUGUCACUGGCUAGGGGUUGUCUCCUGGCGCAUUUUGUCACGACUACGAUCAAUCCUUAUCAACCUUCACGAUGUCUGGAAGCCAUCGCAUUCAGUGGGCACUCAGCCACAUUCAGAGGGCGCCGAAAGGCGAAUUCAUCUCCCUUGCAGUUGCAGACGGCAAGCAGCAGGCAAACGCCGCGCAAAGUCCGCCUAGUUUAGACCCAGUAUUUCCCGCCUAUUUUCGGAGGAUCUUGAGCAAAGGCAUUGUUCUGGCAUUCAGAUAAUGUGGGCCUCAUCAUUUCGAGGAAGUUAUCGCAUGUAAUAGAUAAAAGAAAACUUGUAUCAACAAAGGAAGCCGUCCUGAAAAAGGCGUGUUGAUUUGUUUGAGGCUCGUGUCAAGACAAAAUACAGAC